AUGAGUGAUGAAAUGAUCCCAACUUCCCCAUCUCAAUGGGAUUAUUAUCAAAUCCCCUACUCCCAUCACCACCAAACAUCAUUUCAACCCGAUUUUUCUGUUUAUCCUCAAACCGUCCCAGAUACCAAUCAGACACUACUCCGAGACGAUCAAACCGCUACUAGCGGUCUAAUCAUCCCGAACCCUCCUGAAAACCCUAGUGUCAGCGAGUCGAUGAGCCCCAAAAGCGGUGUAGCAAAGCGGGCGGCGAGGCGGCGGUCGAGGGCUUCCAAGAAAGCCCCCACCACUCUCCUCAAUGCAAGCCUCACAAACUUCCGAUCACUAGUGCAACAAUACACCGGCUGCCAUUCAUCAUCUUCACCACACUCUUCAAUAUUGAGGAAUCAACGAGGUCCGAUCACUCUGAGCUUUGGACCGCCGCCGGGUACCGAUUUUCCGACGUCCGGCGAGCAAGCUUGGCAUCAUGGACAAGAGCAACAACAACUUCAAGGACAACAUCUUAUGUACAACAACCAUAAUAGCUUUGUAGACGCUACCUCUUUUACUUAUUCAGGUGUUGAUAAUGAUAAUAAUAAUAAUGGUAGUAGUAGAAGUAGUAAUCCUAGUACUAGUGUCCUCAACGUGGAUGAUUAUGAUGAAUGGUAA